AUGUCAGAACAAAGAACUUUGGACCGUGAAGAACCAAAUUACUUUGGUGCUGGCCCAGCAUUAUUACCAACUUCAGUUUUACAACAAGCUGCCUAUGAUUUGAUCUCAUAUCAAGGCGAUAACAUUGGAAUUGGAGAAAUUUCACAUCGUUCAAAACCUGCAAUCAAAGUUAUCGAUGACACUAAAGAAAAUUUGACUAGAUUGUUGAAUAUUCCAGACACUCAUGAAGUGUUCUUUAUGCAAGGAGGAGGCACUACUGGAUUCUCAUCAAUUGCCUACAAUUUGACCGCUAACUACGCCAAAAGAACCGGGAAGAAAGGGAAAGCUGCCUAUGCAAUCACUGGAUCUUGGUCCAAGAAAGCUUCCGAAGAGGCUCAAAGAUUAGGCUUUGAUGUGGAUAUUGUCGUCAACACAAAAGGUGAGAAUUUCGGAACCAUUCCACCAUACUCGGAAUGGAAACCAAUUGGAAAAGACGUCUCUUAUUUGUAUAUGUGUGAUAACGAAACGGUGCAUGGUGUUGAAUUUAGUGAUAUUCCAGGUACUGAUUACUUGCCUGAAGGUGUUGAAUUGGUUGCCGACAUGUCCUCGAACAUUUUAUCUAAGGAAAUUGAUAUUAGUAAAUAUGGUUUGAUUAUGGCUGGUGCCCAAAAGAAUAUUGGAUUGGCUGGGUUGACUAUUUACAUUAUUAAAAAGAGUUUGUUGGAUCAAGCUACUGACGAGGAAUUAAAAAGUUUAAAUAUUCCCUUAUCGCCCAUUGCAUUCCAUUACCCAACCGUCGUCAAGAAUAAUUCUGCUUACAAUACAAUUCCAAUUUUUACUUGUUAUAUCUUGAAACUUGUGACUGAUAAAUUGAUUGCAGAUGGGGGUAUCAAGCACACCGAGCAACUCAAUAAGAAGAAAGCAACAAUUUUAUACGAAGCCUUGGAAUCUUAUCCAGACUUUUACAAGUUGCCUGUAUUCAAUUCUCAAGCAAGAUCAAACAUGAAUGUUGUUUUCAGAUUACCUAACGAGGAUUUGGAAGCUAAGUUUAUUGCAGAAGCUGCUAAGAGAAAGUUGGCAGGAUUAAAGGGACACAGAUCAGUUGGUGGUAUGAGAGCUUCUAUAUAUAAUGCUGUUACCUUGAAGAGUGUCCAGUCUCUAGUUGACUUGGUAAAUGAAUUUGCUAAAGCCAAUGCCUAA